CAAUUCCACACCGCACAAGUCUAUCAUCCUCAAAUCCGUACGCACGCACGCACGCACGAGUCAACCGCAACAUCAUCACAAUAGACGUAGUAUAUAUAGGCCACCAUCACCACACGUAGGGUAGAUUUCACGGGCGCCCGCCGUCCGCUGUCCGCUGUCAUAUCACACACCGUACCGCGUCCACAGCAACCACUGUCUCCAUCCCUUUUUAUUGUCAUUCUUUAUGUUUAUUUCAUCUUUUAUUGGGUAUGCAUGUGUCGCAGCGUAUACUUGGUUGAGCGUUCUCGGUCUAGCGGGUCGUUUGAGGAGGAAAGCGGGGAUCGUCGAGGACGCGUUCGCCAUCGCAGCUCUGAUCGUAGCUAGACGUUUUCCCAGCCGCCGUUUCGCAAAGUCGGCCACCAUUCCCAACGCCCUACCAGCCCCACACCGUCCAGCAGGUCACAGCAAUAACCCUUCCUCCCUCCUGAACCGCUCCCGCCUACGCCCCCCUCGCCAACAGAAAGAAUGUCAACCCCAACAACACCCCCACGCCCCUCCCCGUACACCUCCGACCCGUACCCGUGCAAAUCCCUCGCCUGCGCCAUCCAGGCAUGCCUUAUAAAGAGCGAUUACGACCAGGCGAAGUGUUUUCGGGA